GCCAGGGACAACAACGUCACAUUAGAAAGAUAAAAGAUGGAGGAGUCUGUUCAGGAGCAGCUGCUAUACAUGCUGGAUGAUUUGGGAGAAGAGGAGCUGGAACGUUUCCACUGGUACCUGCACAUUGGACCUGGAGGUGAUUUUACGACCAUCAAAAAGAGCCGUCUAGAGAAAGCAAGCAGAAUGAGAACAGUGGAUCUUAUGGUGGAGACAUAUACUACUGACUACAUAAUGGAGGUGGCAAGGCUGAUCUUAAAGAAGAUAAAUGAAGGAAGUCCCUCAGCUGAGGCAUCUUCAUUACUUUCAUCAGAAGAGGCUCUUCAAAAUUGUCAGCAUAGAUUUAAAUCUAAGUUGAAGAAGAAGUUCCAGUGUGUGUUUGAGGGCAUCGCUAAAGCAGGAAACCCAACCCUUCUGAAUCAGAUCUACACAGAGCUCCACAUCACAGAGGGAGGGACUGCAGAGGCCAAUGAUGAACAUGAGGUCAGACAGAUUGAAACAGCAUCCAGGAAACCCCACAGACCAGAAAAAACAAUCAGACAAGAAGACAUCUUUAAAGCCUCACCUGGAAGAGAUGAACCAAUCAGAACAGUGCUGACAAAGGGAGUGGCUGGCAUUGGGAAAACAGUCUUAACACAGAAAUACACCCUGGACUGGGCUGAAGACAAAGCCAACCAGGACAUCCAGUUCAUAUUUCCAUUCACUUUCAGAGAGCUGAAUGUGCUGAAAGAGGAAAAGUUCAGCUUGGUGGAACUUGUUCAUCACUUCUUUACUGAAACCAAAGAAGCAGGAAUCUGCAGCUUUGAAGACUUCCAGGUUGUGUUCAUCUUUGAUGGUCUGGAUGAGUGUCGACUUCCUCUGGACUUCCACAAAACUACAAUCCUAACUGACCCUAGAAAGUCCACCUCAGUGGAUGUGCUGCUGAUAAACCUCAUCAGGGGGAAACUGCUUCCCUCUGCUCACCUCUGGAUAACCACACGACCUGCUGCAGCCAAUCAGAUCCCUCCCGACUGUGUUGGCAUGGUGACAGAGGUCAGAGGGUUCACUGACCCACAGAAGGAGGAGUACUUCAGUAAGAGAUUCAGAGAUGAGGAGCAGGCCAGCAGGAUCAUCUCCCACAUCAAGACAUCACGAAGCCUCCACAUCAUGUGCCACAUCCCAGUCUUCUGCUGGAUCACUGCUACAGUUCUGGAGAAUGUGCUGGAAACCAGAGAGGGAGGACAGCUGCCCAAGACCCUGACUGAGAUGUACAUCCACUUCCUGGUGGUUCAGGCCAAAGUGAAGAAGGUCAAGUAUGAUGGAGGAGCUGAGACAGAUCCACACUGGAGUCCAGAGAGCAGGAAGAUGAUUGAGUCUCUGGGAAAACUGGCUUUUGAUCAGCUGCAGAAAGGAAACCUGAUCUUCUAUGAAUCAGACCUGACAGAGUGUGACAUCGAUAUCAGAGCAGCCUCGGUGUACUCAGGAGUGUUCACACAGAUCUUUAAAGAGGAGAGAGGACUGUACCAGGACAAGGUGUUCUGCUUCAUCCAUCUGAGUGUUCAGGAGUUUCUGGCUGCUCUUCAUGUCCAUCUGACCUUCAUCAACUCUGGACUCAAUCUGCUGGAGGAACAACAAACAACCUACUGGUGGCCUACAUUUUUUAGAAGACAGGAAUCUCUCUACCAGAGUGCUCUGGACAAGGCCUUACAAAGUCCAAAUGGACAGCUUGACUUGUUCCUUCGCUUUCUCCUGGGUCUUUCCAUACAGACCAAUCAGACUCUCCUACGAGGCUUGACGACAAAGACAGCAUGUAGCUCAGAGACCAAGCAAGAAACAGUCCAGUACAUCAAGGAGAAGCUCAGUGAGAAUCUGUCUGCAGAAAAAAGCAUCAAUCUGUUGCACUGUCUUAAUGAACUGAAUGAUCGUUCUCUAGUGGAGGAGAUCCAACAGUCCCUGAGAUCAGGAAGUCUUUCCACAGAUAAACUGUCUUCUGCUCAGUGGUCAACUCUGGUCUUCAUCUUACUGUCAUCAGAAGAAGAUCUGGAUGUGUUCGACUUGAAGAAAUACUCAGAGGAAGCUCUUCUGAGGCUGCUGCCAGUGGUCAAAGCCUCUAAAACAAUUCUACUGAGUGGCUGUUUCCUAUCAGAGAGAAGCUGUGCAGCUCUGUCCUCAGUUCUCAGCUCUCAUUUCUCUAGUCUGAGAGAGCUAGACCUGAGUAACAACAACUUGCAGGAUUCAGGAGUGACGAUUCUGUCUGCUGCUCUGCAGAUUUCACAUUGUACACUGGAAAGUCUAAGACUGGGUGUCUGUAACCUCUCACAGAAAAGCUGUGAAGCUCUGUCCUCAGUUCUCCGCUCUCAGUCUUCUAGGCUAAGAGAGUUGGAUCUGAGUGACAACAACCUGAGGGAUUUAGGAGUGAAGCUUCUGUCUACUGGAGUAGAGAGUCCACAUUGUACACUGGAAACUCUCAGUCUGUCAAGCUGUCUGAUCACAGAGGAAGGCUCUACUUCUCUGGCCUCAGCUCUGAGCUCCAACCCCUCCCAUCUGAGAGAGCUGGACCUGAGCUACAAUGAUCCUGGAGAUGCCGGAAUGAAGCUGCUGUCGGUCCUGGACCCCUGCUCUCUGUCCAACCACAGACUGAACACAUCAGCAGGACCACCAAAGUCCUCAGAUUAA